UGAAAAACAGCGUUUAUCAAGUUGAUUUACUAUUUGGUGUACAACGCUUGGAUUCGGGUAAAGAAGGCGACGAGAAUCACGAGUUGCCAUGGCAACAGAAGGGGAUCCAACAAGUCUCAUUAAAGUACUUCACUUAUUAGUAAUUUCCUUUUCUUGGGGAAUGCAGGUGUGGGUUUCUUUCAUUGCAGGGUUUGCUCUCGUGUCUCAGGUGACUUUGCAUACAUUUGGUCUGGUACAGAGCAAACUGUUCCCGGUCUAUUUCUACUCUCUGCUCGGCAGUAAUUUUGUAAGCUUGGCAAUCUAUGCGGUGUACCACCCCAGAGAGCUCCUGGACUGGCAUGAGAGUAUACAGAUGGCUCUGUUUUUCAUAGCAGUUAUCAUGGCUGGUCUGAAUGCCCAGUGGUUUGGUCCAUCAGCCACUGAGAAUAUGUUUGCCAUGCGGGAGAUUGAGCAGGAACAUGGACUGGGUGGGCAGGUUGGUCUGGGAUCACAAAGGGAAGCUUACGCAAAGCUACGCGAGCAGGACCCCAAAUACAAAGCCUAUAGAAGUACCUUCUACCGCUAUCACGGCCUGUCCAACCUCUGCAACCUCCUCGGGUUUUUGUCCACUACUGUCAACCUGGUGUACCUGGCAUUGCACUUGAACACUAUAUGACUUUCUGUAGAGUCAUAUCAGUCAGUCUGACUCCUUUCUGUGUUACUGUCCUCUUUAAUGCAGGAGUAGGCAGUCAGAGACUCUUCUGAAUUCCUCUGUUUUAUGAUUGGAUUAUUGGUGAAGGAUUAGUCACACUGAACAUAGACAUAUUCAUCAUCUACUACGAGCACAGCUUUUUGGUUUUCUAACAUAAAAUGCGAACAAAGAGAAUUACGCUGGUAUCUCUUAUUCUUUUAAGGUGAAACAUUAUGUAAAUCUGGCCCCAGAACGAGUGUGAAUUGUACUGUUGCUAAUAACAAAACUUAAAAAAGGACUUUCUAGAAUUAUAUAUAUAUAUAUGUAAUUCUAGAGAGUCCUUUUUUAAGUUUUGUCAUUUCUCAGAAAACUAUUCCUCAGAGCACUGCUGUUGUUUGUCUCUGCACUACAGCUCAUGACCGAGGUAUUAACAUGUAGUGUCUAACCAUAAAGCUUUGUACAAUAUACCUGAUAAUUCUGUGAAAGAUCAUCAUGAUAAUUUUUCUACAAUAAACAGGAAAAGUGUG